AAUGAAUUACAUAAUUAAUAAAUCUUGGGUAAUGUUCUGUAUGGGACUGUAGCUAGUGGCCGUUGAGAAAUUGAACUACUUACUGCUAUAAUCUGCUAUUAUAUAGAGGAAACAUGGGAGUGAAAUUCUGAAUUCACAUAAGCUAACACUAAAGUCUCAAUCUUCUUUGUUGCUCUCUCUUGUUAAAUCUUGUAACAAUGGAGGAAAUGAAGACACCACUAAACAUAUCAGCAGACAGCAGUUGGUUAUCUGAUUUGGAAAUGGUGGAUGAAUACAUAUUAUCUGAUAAAGACUGCAACUUGAACUUGAGCAUGCUUGAUGCGGACGAGGAACAAGAUUUUCUAUCACAUGAUGUAGCUAGUGUCUUUGCCUUUGAGGAGCAUAGAGAGAGCCUGCGACAAUGUUUAAACACAGAGUGCAUUUCCACAACUAUGAGCGAAACAUUUACAGAUGAAACGAGUUUUGAGUCUUUUGAUAACUUUGAUUUUGAUUUCGAGAAACCAACUAAGCAGAUGAAAACAAUCGAUCACAGUGCUACUUCACUAUCCUCUUAUCAGUUGCCGCAGAUCUUGUCUUUUGACAAUCCAAACCCAACAGAGUUUUAUGGGUAUGGAUAUGAUCUAAAACAGAAAGAAACAGUGACUUCGGCGUCACGGGGAAACACAAAUUUUUCGACUCAAAACUCAAAAGGGUCUUCAAAAACAUCGCGAGCUAAGAGGUCUCCAGCUGACAUAAAUGAUCACAUUAUGGCGGAGAGAAAGAGAAGAGAGAAGCUCAGCCAAAGCUUCAUUGCUCUUGCUGCUCUCAUUCCGGACUUAAAGAAGAUGGACAAGGCUUCGAUAUUAGCGGAGACAAUCAAAUACGUGAAAGAGCUUAAGGAGCGUUUGGAUAUUUUAGAAAAGAAGGCCAAGAAUCCACAGGCAGAUCAGUGGACGGUCUCUCCGUGUCCAUUCAAACCAGAGGUCUAUAACGACAAGCAUUGCUCAUCAUCUGAUGAGAGUACUGACACUGAAAGUGCUAUAGAUGGUACUGCCACUGAGUCUCUCUUCAAGAUGGAAGCAAGAGUUCUAGAGCAACACAUAUUGAUUCGGAUCCAUUGCCAAAAGCAUAAAGGGCUUCUUGUUAACAUCAUCGCUGUGAUUCAAAGUUUUGAAUUAUUUGUUGUCAAUAACAGUGUUCUAGCUUUUGGAGAUUCUAUCCUCGACAUUACCAUCAUUGCUGAGAUUGGUGAAGGCUACAACUUGACUAUAAAAGAACUCGUCGACAAUCUACGUAUAGCGGCAUUGAAGUUUAUGUCAGCGUAACAUGAUCAAGGCAGGAGUGCUGUUGUGGAAUACGAGUACUCUCACAAAGAGCAAGUAGAGAAUUUGAAUUCGCAUAAAUUUCUUUCAAUAAGUAUUUUGAAGAGAAUGUAUCUCAAGUGUUGGGAUAGCAUAACUUUUGUUUAAAAAUGUAGUUAGGCUCACUACUCAUUGUUGAGUUUGUUUAAAUAAAUAAUAUUUGCCUAGCAAUAUGAUAGUUUAUACA